AGAGAGAAAGAGUUCUUACUCAUUAAGCGAUCGACCAAGUUCAGCUAAGCCCACACUCUCUCUCUCUCUGCUGCUCACACACGCGCUCACACAGCGGUACUCACACAUCGAUACAGACACAAACAGAAAGCAGAAGUGGAGAGAGGCUCUGUAUUUGGGGCGAUGUGGUUGGUUAUGGCUCAUGGUUCUGACAGUAAUGAUUCCAGUUAUGCCAAGUCCCCUUCGCCAGCGAGUAGCAGGCAGGGCUCCACAGACAACAUCAAGAAGGUAAUGAGAAGAGAGAAGAACCGUAUCGCUGCCCAGAAGAGCAGGAUGAGACAGACCCAGAAGGCAGACAGUCUACACCUGGAGAGUGAGAACCUAGAGAAGGAGAACACGGCUCUGAGGAAGGAAGUGAAGAGACUAACAGAAGAGGCCAAGUAUCUCUCCUCCGUCCUUACUACCCAUGAGCCUCUCUGCACCGGCCUGGCCCCUCAGACGACCCAUGACCUCCUGUACUCCCCCCACCACCACGGGAGCAGUGCCUUCCACCACCAGCACAGUAUUGCUGUGUCUCACUACCAGCACUGAUCACCACAGACCAACAAGGGCGGACUGGAGAGAAGCUGGAGACGUUUAGUGACCUUGGUACACUAUGGCACCCUAUUUACUUAGUAGUGCACUACUUUUAACCAGAGCCCUAUGUGUCAAAAAGUCGUGUACUAUACAGAGCCACUUGAACAGAGUAAAUAAUGGUGUUUGAAACGGCACAGAACAAGCAGCAAUUAGGAAUGGUUUCUUGGUGUAAAAUAACUGAUUUUCUUAUUUUGAAAAGAUGACAAAAGGCAGUUUGAUAUAAAAAUGACUUCCGAACCCAUCUUUACGACGUGACUAUAGAAUCAAUCAAUGUAUGGACAAUGCAAAUAGUCCAUGUCUAACUGUAGGACAGAAACCCCAACAUGAUCGCGAUACCAGAACACCAGUUUGUGGAAAUGUUAUUCAUACAAUGAUGAAUGAUAAAAAUGAUUGUUUUAUAUGUUUUUAAAACAAUUUUUUUUUUAAUUUUUUUUAUUUUAUUCUUUUGUAUAUAACAUUUGAUCCCUUCAAUCUUGGAGGUUACAGUGUUUGUUGUGUGCAUUGCUCUUGUGUCAGUUGUAAAUUUGACCUUUUUAAAUAUUCGAAGUAACGCUGAACUGUAUCACUUUUUUUUCAACAGUUUUGUUAUUUUAGUGUUUAUUGGCCUAAAAAAAAAAUUUAAUAGUGCAAUUGUUUUACUUGAAAUACUCAGGAUACAAUCCCACAUCGUAGAUGGUAACAACAGGUACUUUGUGAUGGAGGUAGAAGGGCAUUUGAUCAAAUUGUGCUUUAAUGACUCCAAUGAUGUUGAAAAUAUUAUUGUCGAAACAAACAAUGCUGCUUUUCUAUUUUGAUACCAACAAAUGUAUUAUCUGCAUCAUGUAAGUGCUAUCUGACAACCAGACAAUCACUUUGAUAACGAAAUCAUCACGUUAAUCUGUAUGAUCGUUAGGUGGCGCUGUGUACCUAUAAGUAACGGUAAAGCAUUGUCUCUAUUGUCAAUCUAUGUGGUCGCUAGGUGGCGCUGUGUAUUUGUAAGGUACUCGAUUGUUCAUCUAUAUGGUCGCUAGGUGGCGCCGUGUACCCAUAAGUAAAGGUAAGGUACAGUAAAGCAUUGUAUGCUCCAAUAGGAAUGUUUAUCUGAUUGCACUGAGACAGGAGGACUUAGACAGGUCCCGUGUGGCUCAGUUGGUAGAACAUGGCGCUUGCAACGCCAGGGUUGUGGGUUCAUUCCCACAAUGAAGGGGGGGAUGAAUAUGUAUGAACUCGCUCUGGAUAAGAGCGUCUGCUAA